AGUGUAUUAGAGCGUGUGAUCGGUGACUUCCGGUUGUGUAAGUGGGUGAAAGGUGGAGAAGACGACCUGCUGUCAUUCUUCACACUGUGUGAACGGAUCCUCCACCUUCCUCCACCUUCCUCCUUCAGCUCAGAUCUCACGAUGCUGCAGAACACAGGGAAGUUAGCCGGCUGCACGCUCUUCAUCACCGGAGGGAGCCGCGGGAUCGGUAAAGCCAUCGCUCUGAAGGCCGCCAAAGACGGAGCGAACAUCGUCAUCGCCGCCAAGACCGCCGAACCCCACCCCAAACUACCGGGGACCAUCUACACCGCCGCUAAGGAGGUGGAGGCGGCCGGUGGGAAAGCGUUGGCUUGUGUCGUCGACAUCCGUGAUGAGCAGCAGGUCGGAGAAGCCGUUCAGAAAGCUGUCGACAAGUUUGGAGGAAUCGACAUCCUGGUGAACAACGCCAGCGCCAUCAAUCUUAGCGGAACUCUGGACACGCCCUCGAAGAAGCUCGACCUGAUGAUGGGAAUCAACGUGAGGGGAACCUACCUGACGUCUAAACUGGUCAUCCCUCACCUGCUGAAGAGUCUCAAUCCUCACAUCCUGAACCUGUCGCCGCCGAUCAACCUCAACCCCGUCUGGUUCAAGAACCACACAGCGUACACGUUGACGAAGUACGGCAUGUCCAUGUGCGCCCUGGGAAUGGCCGAAGAGUUCAAAGGUCGAAUUGCCGUCAACGCCCUCUGGCCUAAAACUGCGAUCCAGACAGCAGCGAUGGAUAUGUUGGGCGGAGAGGACAUCGGUAAACAGUGUCGUACGACUGACAUCAUGGCGGACGCAGCCUACGCCGUCCUGUCCCGACCGAAGGACUACACGGGUCACUUCCUGGUGGACGAGGACAUCCUGAUGGAGAUGGGAGUCAAAGACUUCGAGCAGUACGCCAUCGAGCCAGGUCACCCCCUGAUGCUGGACUUAUUCCUGGACGUAGAAGCAGAAACACCGGUCGAGCACGGGGCGACCCCAGCCUCCAAAACGCCGUCAUCAUCAUCAGCCUCCAAUGCACCAAUAGAAAGCACGUUUGACGCCAUCAGAGCAGUCAUCAACGAUGACGUCGUCAAGUUGACGCAGGCCAUCUAUCGGUUCGAUCUAUCAGGAGAACACGAGGGCAUUUGGUUUCUGGACUUGAAGAGCGGCUCUGGCAGCGCGGGGCAGGGCGAGCCGCCCGUCCAAGCCGACGUCGUCAUGACGAUGGACUCCGGCGACUUCAGCAAGAUGUUCGCAGGGAAGCUGAAGCCCACGCUGGCCUUCAUGUCGGGAAAGCUGCGGAUCAAAGGCGACAUGACGCUCGCCAUCAAACUGGAGAAACUCAUGGGCCACAUGAGCAAGGCCAAACUGUGAGACUGAAGCCCCGCCCCCGUUUGUAGCUGUACAUGUUGCCUUAAAAUAAUACUAAUUAUUAUAAUAAUAAUAAUAAUAACAUGUUAAUAAAAUCUACCUUGAUAAUGAA